CGCUGUGCUGCCUGGCUGACAGUCGCUUUGCUCCGUACUGCGUAUUGGGCGACCGACCAGAAUGGCAUCGGAUCUCUAAGCUCUGCUUCUUUCACUGAGAGUGUGAGUUCACGGGGGACAGGACACACUUUGUCUCAGAGUUCACGGAUAAUAACCCCAUCAUCAGCUUCAUGGCCCAAGUGGUCUGUCUCACCACAGCUUUACCGAUUCCAUUGUGGAAUGACAUGCCACCUUGCAGGAUUGGAUGACAACACAGGCAUAGGUAGAUUAGAUGCUUCAGCAGAAGCUGUGUACAGUAUGUGACAAGAUGGUGAAUGCUGCAGACUGAACGAUGCCAAGAUCUUUCAUUAAUGUUGAGGAUUUGCCAAGUUGUUGUGGGAGCUCGUAAUUGGAUAAUUGGAUAUGGUUAUUGGCGUUCCUUAUUAGAAUACUAUACUGCAUUUAUGACCUCGGAGGACAUUGUGUCAGUGACUUAGAAGGCUGCUGGGUCGAUGAUCUCAUGUUAUGGUGAUGUGAAGAAUAAAAUCCUGAGUUUGUUUGGAUUAUUAUUGAAUCUGGAGUGUUUCUUUUACAGGAUUGUGUGUGAUCAAUUUCAAGCAGAACAGAAUCUUGGCCAAACAGUGUUGGCACAACACAGCAGUAUUGGAAUAUUUAUUGCAUUUCAGAACAAGUUCCCAUCAUACCUCACUCUCAGACAGGACGACAGUGUAGAACAGGCUACAUUGAAACAGUGACACAACAGAGGGUCUGAAGUUUGUGAAAAUAUAUGAAAAUCUGAAUUAUCAAAAAGUACACAGCUAUAAAGUUAAAGAACCAGGCAGUUAACCAGUACAAGCAUUCAAGAUCAAGACGGUUAACAAGUCCAUGAGUUGAAGAUCAAGACAGUUAACCAGUCCAUGAACUAAAGAUCAAGACAGUUAAUCUGUACUUGAGUUAAAGAUCAAGACAGUUAACCAGUCCAUGAGUUAAAGAUCAAGACAGUUAACCAGUCCAUGAACUAAAGAUCAAGACAGUUAAUCUGUACAUGAGUUAAAGAUCAAGACAGAUAGUACAAGAGUUAAAGAUCAAGACAGUUAACCUGUACAUGAGUUAAAGAUCAAGACAGAUAGUACAAGAGUUAAAGAUCAAGACAGUUAGAUAGUACAAGAGUUAAAGAUCAAGACAGUUAACCUGUAUAUGAGUUAAAGAUCCAGACUGUUUAACCAGUACAAGAGUUAAAGAUUGUGAUUGGUGACAGGUCAUGACUCUCCACCAGACAUGUUUCAUUCAUGAACUCAUCAGUGUUAAGGCUUUAUUAAGUUGUGUCUGUCUUGAAUGUUCAUAAACACAAGGUUGUGUCUGUCUUCUUUGUACAUGAACACAGCAACACCACACCAAUACGCCAGCUUGGAGCUACUGGUCUGAAAAUUCUUCAUUCGAGCUACAAGACAUUGAAAAGUGUGUGUCUUUAAACCAGUGCUUCAGAGCGAAGACAAGACACAAGUGCCUGUCUGCCUCGUUCAUCAUAAUCCAUAUGAUACACCAUCAACCUUUGUGAAAGUGUUGUAACUGCCAGAACCCAAUCAAGAAAGCAACAGAUCUGAGGAAUUACCCCCAUCACACGACGUUCCAUCGCAUAACGUCCGUCACAUAACUUCCAUGUCGCUCCCUGAUCACAGACUUGUUCUGACUUUGAUGCCUCCACCAGUCAUAUAUGGAGCUGAAGCCGUCUGAUGCCACAAUUUGAUAACGGUUGGUUCACCCAAAUGCCAUUCAUCCCAGAUUUAUCAUGGAGGGAUCACCGAACAUCAGCGCUUGUCAUACAAUAUUCUCACCAGGAGCUGGAAUUAUAUUUCAUGGUGGGAUUCAGCAACCAGGGAGGAUUUGGUUUGGGAUUGUUUGAUGGGAACAUGCCAAACACAUUCAAGGCUUCUCCGAGACACAAUCUUUGUUAAAGAUUUUCAAGAUUAUAUAUGUGGAGAUUCAGAAGCAUUGCAAAGGUGGCCAACUGAAAACAUCCCAGCUAAACUGUGUUGACUGUGAAGUGAUUUGUGCACAGAAAGGUGCAUUAUAUUGGAUGACAAAUCUGCAAAUGCUCAUCAGAUUCAGAGCACAUUUAUUGCAACACCUGUGGAUUUUGUAUUCAUGAGGAAUCAAGUUAACAGCUACCUACAUUGAUACUAGUUUUAUUCUUUGUGUGGUUACGAAGUGGAUGCUUUCUAAGGAACACAAUUGAAAUAAUAGUGCUUUGGAUAUCUUUUACAAGAGUUGUGUUUCAAGCAAUUCCGGGACCUCAUGACAAGCGUCCAUGUUUCUAAGGCUUCCUUACAUUGAAAAUUUAAUACCAGGCUUUAGGUUUGCCUUGGCCAAGCUUGUUUAAUGAUGACCUUUAUACAUUGACAAACUUUGGAUAACCUUCCAAGAUGUGUUUUGUUGUGCUUUCAUAAUGCAACUUGAAACAGAAGAAUGCUGAACGUGCAACAAAAGAAUGAACAAGACACGUUUUAUGGUGAAACUUUAAAACAACUGAUAAAAGUGCGAAAUCAAAUCUGUGAUUUCUGAUCACAUGUGAUAAGUGAAAAUCUGUGAUUACUGAUCAUAAAAAUUUCGUGUUCUUCCUUUGGGACAGGACAUUCUGUUACAUCAUCGGACCUGCAAGAGUCGUCCGUAGAAAACCCAAACACUGAGAUGAGACUUUUCAAUGGCUACCCUUCUGAAGAGUGAUUUGAUUUGGUAAAAGUGAUACCACACAGUUGGAUAAAUACAAGUCCAUAGAUGACCUUGAUGAUUUUGACGACGGUGUGACGUUCCAAAAGGCCUUCAACCAUGCCAACAGGGUGCAACCUCAGAUCUCAGGACAAGUGCAAUGGUGGCACAGGAUGUGUAAUGACCUCGAAUCACACCAAAGGCAUGGUGGGGAAAGAUGUGGAGAAGGGGGACGACCCGACUUUGCUCGGGUUCCUACCCCGGGAUUCGGUGCAGGAAGUGCCGGGAUCGUGGUGGACGAGCAGAGAGAAGUAUCUGAUGGCUGUGUGUACAUUGCUCUUCCUGGCAUGCAUCGCCUUUAUAGCUGUGGCGUUUACAAGGUCUGAUGAAUCCAAACACUGUUUAACAGCAGAAUGCAUUAAAACAGCGUCCCAGCUGAUGGAGAUGAUGGAUAGGACGGUGAACCCCUGUGAGGACUUCUACCAGUUUGCUUGUGGUCAGUGGGACAAAACCUACGUCAUCCCUGAGGAGAAGUCCAGCUUCAACACUUUCGAGAAACUGCAUGAUGAACUACAGAUCAUAUUAAAAGGUCUCCUGGAGGAGUCCCCCACUCCCCAUGACUGCGAGGCAACUCUCAAGGCCAAAGUGUUGUACCGAUCCUGCAUCAAUGUCUCUCAAGUGGAAAGAGUGGGAGACACUCCUCUGCGGGAGGUGCUGGACAGUCUAGGGGGAUGGCCACUUAUUGACGCUACUUGGGAUCCAUCGACCUUUGACCUUGAACUAUUGUUGGGGAAACUGCGCGGGAAGUACAACGCUCCAGUGCUUAUGGACAUCUGGGUUGGCGCUGACGACAAGAAUUCCUCUGUCAACAUUUUACAGAUAGACCAGCCCAAGCUGGGGAUGCCUAGCCGAGAGUACUACCUGCAGGCGGAGGACACCCUGUACUUCCACGCCUACUACAAGUACAUGCUGGAUGUGGCACACCUUCUCGGGGCAGACAUGCACAUGGCUCAGGACGAGCUGCACGAAGUCCUCCAGUUUGAGAUCAAACUGGCAAAUGUGACAAAACCGCAGUCAGAGCGUCAUGAUACUGGCGCCAUCUAUGAGAAGAUGACUCUGAGGGAGCUUCAGCAAGUAACACCAACAUUUGAUUGGGUGCGAUACUUCAACCUGUUCAUGCCAGAUGAAAUCACAGAGGAAGAACCAGUGGUUGUAUUCGCUGCGGAGUACCUUCACGACAUGUUUGACACUGUCAUGGAAACAGACAGAGAGACAGUCGUCAACUACAUCAUGUGGAGGGUGAUUCUAAACUUUGCUGCUGAGUUGACGGAAUCCUAUCAACAUGUGCGACGUCAAUACCGACGUGUUCUACAGGGUGUGAAACGUGACAAGAUACGCUGGCAGAAGUGUGUGGAGUAUGUCAACAAGCGGAUGGGCAUGGCAGUGGGCAGUAUGUUCAUCAGAGACAACUUUAAGAAGGAGAGCAAGGACACGGCUUUGGAGAUGAUCCACGACAUCCGAGAAGCUUUCAACGAACUCCUGGAAGAGAACCAUUGGAUGGAUGAAAUCACCAAGUCAUUCGCUAAGCAGAAGGCCAAUGCUAUGAAUGAACGAAUUGGGUACCCAGAUUUCAUCAAAGACAGCAAGAAACUGGAUGAAAAGUAUAACCAGGUCCAGUUUGAUGCACAGCAGUACUUCAAGAACAUUCUUCGCGUGGAGGAAUACAGCGCCAUCAACAUGAUGAGGAAACUGCGUGAACCAGUCAGGAAAGACACUUGGGAGCAGGACCCUGCCGUUGUGAAUGCAUUCUACAAUCCCAACAGGAAUGAUAUUGGUAUGUUGUCACUCAACUAUGGAGGUAUUGGUGUGGUGAUCGGACAUGAAAUAACUCAUGGAUUUGAUGACAAAGGACGUCAGUAUGACAAAGAUGGUAACCUGAAGCAGUGGUGGGAUGAGGACACCAUCCAGGCGUUCCGCAACCAGGCUCAGUGUAUGAUCAACCAGUAUUCUGGCUACCAGCUGGAGCAGAUCGGGAUGUUUCUCGAUGGCAAGAACACCCAGGGUGAGAACAUCGCUGAUAAUGGAGGACUGAAACAAGCAUACAGAGCCUACAGGAAGUGGGUGCAGGAACAUGGAGAGGAGCAGCUUCUCCCGGGGAUCGGACUCAGUCAUAACCAGCUCUUCUUCCUAAACUAUGCUCAGAUUUGGUGUGGGAAGAUGCGAGAUGAAGAAGCUCUCCACAAGAUCCGCACAGCAGUCCACAGUCCUGGACCUCUCCGGAUCCUUGGUCCACUCUCCAACUCACUUGACUUUGCUGAAGCCUACAAUUGUCCAGUGGGAAGUCGCAUGAACCCGACAAAAAAGUGCUCUGUGUGGUGAUUCCAUUGGGAGAUUAAUCCAUGGUGAUGACCUUCUUUCAAGGUCACUCCGAACUCGAGCCAAGCAAUGAUUAAAGUUCAAGAGAAUCAGCUCCGUGUUUUCUCCAUUGGUUGUGACAGCAGCAGAUGUACGGUCUCCAAUCUGGAACUCUAGAUUCGGGAACAAUUUUCAUGCUGAACUGAAACUUCAUUCAAUAUUAUAUUCAAACUGCAAUACACUGGAGCCAAAUCUUGAUGACAUUUUUUUUACAUGGGUGAUCUUUUCAUCUGCUUUUAACUUGGUGUGAUGAUGAAGUGGAUGCAUUUGGACAUGAUGCUUGCCUGGCUGUCCGUCCAUACAGGGACAUGAUCGAAACCUGGACAAUACCAUAUAUGGAAGUGAACACUUAAAUGAAGCAACCAUAUAUGGAGAUGAACACUUGUUAUGAAAUUUGACAAAUAUGGCUCUAACUGUCUCAGAUAUGAAAAAGAGACAUGUGAAGGCGAGAAAAAGAAAAUAUGGAGUGGGUGGAGUGGACAACAAUGUGUGGUGGUGGGAGGAGCUUACAGUCAAAGAUGGAAAUGGAUGAAUAAAAACAUAUAUGGAAUGGUCAAGAUGAAAACCUAUGUAUGGGAAUGUGGAGAGUGGAAAAGCUAUGUACAGAAAUGGUAGCAAUGGAAGAGCCAGAUAUUGAAAGAGUAGGAAUUGGAAAAGCCAGAUAUUGAAAGCGAACAAGAGAGUUUUAGAAAUAGUAGCUAUGUAUUGAAAAAAAGUAGGAAUUGGAAAGCCAUAUUCUGAAAGGGAAGAAAUUGGAAAAGUUAUAUAUUGAAAGGGUAGGAAUUGGAAAGGCCAUAAGGGGAGUGGAAAUUUCGUAGUUGAGCAUAUUUUUUCCAUCAUUGUUUCUGUUUUUGUUUGUAAUGAAGAAAGAUUUGGUCAAUGAAAGUUUAUUUUAUCACCAAGGAAAUGGUUUUGAUGAGAAUAUUAGAGUUAAUUCCAAGAGGACUUGUUGAUUCCAAAGUAUGAUGUUUUCCUCUGCGAUUGUUAUUGGUCAUGUAUUCCCAGACACUAUCAAUUAGUUUUAAAUCUAAUAAUCAGCAACAGAAAAAAGAAAAGAUAUACAUGAAACAAUGCCAUCAUAUUUUCAUAGCUUUGACCACACAUAAUCAGAGAAACAUUCUGUAUUUUUGUGUUUCAUCUCACUGAGAUUAUAACUGAAAUUGUUCUGUUAUGCCAAGUAGGCCUAUUUGUUUAGAUGUAUGGCUUUGUCAAUUCCAUCAACAUUUGUUUUGGUCAGUUGUGAGGAAACAGUUUGGGAAGAAACACCAAUAUUACAGAAAGGAUGGAUGAUGGUAUGAAUUGUAAUAAAUUACCAGGCUGCUUCUUUUUAAUGAGGGUAAGUAUGAUCUGGUACAGUUAAAGGUUUCUGAAGUUGGCUGGCCUGAAGGAUGAACUUCUGUCUGAUGGUUGGUCAGAGAUGGAUGAAGGUAGGCGUAUGGAAUAUGUCAUGACUUCUUUCACGUACAUGUUCUUGUUCAUUGUUGAAAAAUAACGUCAUUUAGUCGACAGUUCACUCAUGGUAUAUACUAUAUACUUUAUGUUAUGUUUAUCAAUUAUCAUUACAUAUGAGGGACCAGUCAUUAACUACAACAGGGGAUGUUUUCCAUUGUGCAAGAUGAAUAGUUCUGUCUUUUGAAAAAUAUAACCAAGCCUGCACUGACGGUGCAUUUGUUCUUUAAGAUCAUCCUUGAAUCAUUGCCCUGACUAGUUCUGGCAGACAUACCGAUACCCCAAACUUUGACAUCUCUCAUUAAUGACUGGUCCCAGCUGUGACUGACUCUUGCCCUAAUUUGAUAUGUUUGUAUAAUGACUAUAUACAUGUUGUGUUUUGUGGUGCCAGUGAGUAUCAUGUGUCCCACAAGUUGUUGAAACUGUGACUAUUUUGGUUAAACCUGUUAUUGUUCUUUUUCCUAAGUUGAUGGUUAUGGUGAUAUUCAAAAUGAAAAGGGAUGACAAAAUUUCUUAUAUAUACAAAAUGUACCUUGUUCACUGGAAGUUCUAUAGACUAAAAGACACCAUUCAGUUAGGGAACAUCCAAACAUUAAAGUUUAUCUGUCAGACUGGUUCAGUUUUAUCAUCUCUAAGAUAUGUGGAGUUAUGGUGAUCAAUUCCUGGUCCUAGCAAACAGACAUAAGGUUGUACAGGUUAAUAGUCAAUAUAUUUUAAUUAAUGGAUCGUCAGUCAUCGUUCUCAUUAAUUUCACAGUGGGGUAUUUAAUAUUUCGUUUUCAUUACCAUUUUUAACUUUAUCAGAAUACAAGAAAGCCAGGAACUUACAUAAAUGACCAGGAUAAAACAACAAACCAUUAACAUCAGGAAAAUAUUGACACAUGGGAAUUUUUUGGCACUUUGUAAUUGGACAGCAGAAAGCAAACUUGUUAGCAAAUAUAUGUAUUUUGUAAUCUAGUUGUCAGAGAAACCACACAUAUAUAUGUACAUGUUAAGGGUUAUUCUUUUACAGUUAUGUUUGCCAUGUGGCCUGGCUUGUAAGGAGGUCGUGGCAUGACCUUCAGCAUGACCUUCAGCAUGUCCAUCUAUGAUAUUUAAGGUUUGACAUUCCCAUCCAAACUCCACGUUGAAUCAAAAUAAUAUGAAGGCUGGGGAGAAGUGGUUAAUGCAGUCAAAUGUAAAGAGAAUUGGUAUGUUUGAACACUCUGGAGUCCAUAAGCCUGUUCCUUCAGUUUAAGGGGCGGUGGGGUAGCCUAAUGGUUAAAGCGUUUGCUCGUCACGCUGAAGACCGGGGGUCUAUUCCCCACAUUG